GGAUGCUGGAGCAUGAAUGUUAGUUUCAAACUAACAACACUUGUUCUUUGGCUACGAAUGGACAACCACAUAUUAGUCUUAUUUUGCCCUGAAGUUUCCAUGGACCCUUUUGGAUAUCAGCUAAUUUGUUGAUCUUUAUGACAAUUAUGUUGCUGAUCAUUCUCCUGCAGCUCAUUAACAGCUUUGAGGGGUUGAAGGGAGCUGUACAUGAAACGAUGUGUACCUCUGAUGCCUGCUUCACCCUACACAUGGAGAGGGUGAGCUUUGACAAGGCCCAGCAGGACUGUAAAGACAAUGGAGGCUACCUGAUGACAGUCAGAAACAGCCACGAAGAGGAUGUGCUGCGUUCACUUCUCUCGCUGAUUCAAAAUCAUCAUCACGACAAGGUACUAAAAUUUUGGAUUGGAUUAAAACUGCACAGGCAGGACUGUGUGUUGUCUGACGAGGCUCUCAAAGGGUUUAAAUGGGUGUCUGGGGAUAACACUUCCCACUAUGCCAACUGGAAAAAAGAGCCUGUCCCCACUUGCACAGAGGAGCGAUGUGUAAAAGUUGACUAUGCUUUUUCAGCUCAGGACGAGCUGAAAUGGACUGCAGGAGGUUGCAAAAGACCUGCAUUUUAUGCAUGUAAGUUUUAUUUUACCGGGAUGUGCAAACCUUUGGCUCUGUUGGGACCCGGAAGCAUAACUUACACAGCACCCUUCUCUAAAGAACCUCAAACAAGUGAGAUGAAAUUGCUUCCACUUGGUACAUACACUAAUAUUUUAUGUGGUGACAAGCAGUCGUAUUACUCUGUGUGCAGGAGCGUGCAUAACACCUACAGCUGGAGUAAUCCUGGCCCCUUUUGCAAAUUAAAUUGCAACAUCAAUAAUGGUGGAUGUGAACAUUUUUGUUAUCCGGAUGCAGAUGAUGCUCAAUGCAUCUGCAGAGAAGGUUACGAACUUGAAGAGGACGGCCUUUCUUGCAGGAUGAAAGACUUGUGUAGUCCCGAUACCUGUGAGCAUCAGUGCUUGAUGAUGGAGUCUGGCUUUUCCUGCCGAUGCCCAGAAGGGUUCAGACUGGAUGAAAACCAGCGCAACUGCUCUGACAUUGAUGAGUGCCAUUUAGAGGCCUGUAAGGAUCAUCUGUGUGCAAACACGCCUGGUAGUUACAUGUGUGUGUGUAAAGACGGCUACGAAAUGGUCAACGGUGAAUGCAGAGACAUGGAUGAGUGUAUGCAGUCCAGGUGUGAGCAUAACUGCUCAAACACCAUGGGAUCAUUUUCUUGUUACUGCUAUGAGGGCUUUACUUUAUCUGGGGAUGGAUUCUCCUGUGUAGACAUCAAUGAGUGUGUCAGAAGCAGCUGCUUUGCUGAAUUCACAUGCAUCAAUACUGUAGGCAGCUUCAUGUGCACCCAUCAGACAGACACUGAUGCCACUCUGGUGCCAUAUGUACCCGACACCUCAGCUGCCUCAUUGCAGGACCGAUCACAUGAAGAAAUGGAAGGAAACUUCAUAGAGUCUUUAACCAGAACCGCAGUGGAGCUCCAGCACCAGUCCCCUCAUACUGACCCACCACUGCCAGACCUGGUCAAUGACACGCACGGCGAUCAGCACAGCAACACGUCCUUAGCAACAACAACUGGGAUGACAGUCAAUUCCAGGGUGAUGAUCUGCGUCCUAGGCUCGGUCAUCCCUCUGCUCAUGUUGAUUGCUGUGACUUUGUUCAUCGCGAUUUUCCGAUGCAGUCGCUCCAAAAAGGAGAUAAAAAAGAACGCUACUUCAGAUGGCUACUGCUGGGUGUCAUCUGGUUUGGAUCCACGUUUAGAGAAACUCUACGAGUCCGUCAUGACUGAUGACCUAUGACCUGACAGUGACAGAAAAGACUGCCUUUGUGGGUUUUUUUUUUUACGUUUAUUUAUGUAAUUUAUGUUCAGUUAUCAAAUAAUUACAUAUCAAAUUGCAAACUUAGGAACAAGUGAUGGGACUGUAAAAAGUGUAAUGGAAAGACUAAAAGGAUGGUAAAGGUGGCUGUUGAGUAAGUGCAAGCAAGUGUUGUUAAUGAUUGCUUCCUGUUACUCUAUAAAGAGGAUAUGAAGGGCUCUGGGACUGGAGAUCUCAUUGUUUGGACUGGGUGUUGCCUGUAAUUUUAACCAGCAUGAUGAAGAAGCCAAGAAACUACAUAUUUUUUAGAUAAGAGAAAAUUUGUCUAGGACAUGGUGUCAAAGUAUGACAUGUUAAUCUUAAGAUGAGACCAUUUCUUUAAUGUCAUCAGUAAACAUAUUUGAACCUCCUGUAUAUAUUAUCUUUCAGAAAUGGAAUAAAACAGAAAAGGACAUUUAUAGGUUAUUUAGUUAAGCUAAAGUUAUAAUACUUAUAAAAUACACCCCCCCCCCCCCCCCCCCCUCAUUUUCAGUUGAGAAAAAUUAACUGAAAUAGGAGUGCUUAGCAUCAUAUCAGUGUAUGUCAUGUGGCAAAAAUGUCUCUGUAUUUGUAUUUGACCAAAAUUAAAUAAACUGUUCUGAAAAAGGUAAAAGUGACUGAUGUUAUGCUGUGACAUUUAGAGGCACAACUACAUGUGGCAACAGCACUCCACAAGUAGCAGCAGCUCCCCCGGGAGGACAGAAGUGGGAAGUGCUCAAACUGCUUAGAUAUUCUGAGGUGUCCAUCCAGCCUCCAAACCCCCCACAUACCAAUCUGAUGAGAGUUAUCAAAGACACACCCUACAACCCACGGGACCCAACAGAUUUAAUGCAAAUAUACAAAUACCAGAAACUCAAGGACAUCCUCAUGUUUUUUCUUUGUCCACACCCUGAAUGAUCUGAGUGCUAUAGACAACACGAGGAGGGUCUACUCAGUAUUAGGCAGGCAGUCGCUAUGUUAUUGACAUUUAGUGUAAAAUGCUUGUUUGAAGGUGCUGAAAACUUUAUUGUUUUUCAUGUAAUUGUAUAAUAAUAAAGCAUUGAAAUGA